AUGAGCGCCUCUUCUCACCUCAUAAUCCCUGGAAGGCUGAGUUUCAAAUUAAAAGAAUCUCGGCGCAUAUCGACUCUGGGGAAAACCACCGUCACUGAAAGGAUUUUAUACUAUGCGGGGAAAAUUGAUUCGAUGCACGAGGUAAAAGGGAAAGAUGACGUGGGAGCCACGAUGGAUUUUAUGGAAUUGGAGCGACAACGAGGCAUCACUAUUCAAUCAGCCGCCACAUACAUUGACUGGCAUGGAACAAAUAUAAAUAUCAUCGAUACGCCAGGUCACGUUGACUUUACGGUCGAAGUGGAGCGCGCACUUCGAGUGCUUGAUGGAGCCGUUUUGGUGUUGUGUGGUGUAGGAGGCGUGCAAAGUCAAACUUUUACCGUCAACCGUCAAUUAUCUCGCUAUAAAGUUCCCUUCAUUUGUUUUGUCAAUAAAAUGGAUCGCACUGGGGCUACUCCUUUUCGUGCCGUCGAAGGCCUACGAGGCAAAUUAGGGCACAACGCGUCGCUAAUUCACUUGCCAAUUGGAAAGGAUUCCGAUUUUCGCGGGAUCGUAGAUUUGAUAAACGAGUGUGCUAUUUAUUAUGAAGGAGAAGGUGGACUAACAGUACGAAAAGAUGAAAUCCCUCAAGAUCUACGUGUGCAAGCAAAAGAUCUACGAGACGAAAUGAUUGAACAUAUUGCAAACGGCGAUGAAGAAUUAGGAGAGCUCUUUUUGAAUGAUGUCAAACCAAAUGUUGAUCAAAUUCACUCAGCUAUUCGACGAUCUGUGGUAAAGCGUAGUUUCUUGCCAGUCUUAUGUGGUUCUGCUUUAAAAAAUAAGGGCGUUCAAACAAUGAUUGAUUCCGUUGUGCGUUAUCUACCGAAUCCAGGCGAAGUAACAAACCUUGCCAGUAUCAAAGAUGGUGAUAAGGAGAAGUCAAUUAUACUGAAUCCUGCUCGAAAUAAUUCAAAUCCGUUUGUCGGGCUUGCUUUUAAAUUGGAGGCAGGAAAGUAUGGCCAACUAACAUAUUUCCGAAUAUAUCAAGGACAGCUUUCGCGUGGUGAUACGGUUUACGCGAGUAAAGACGGCAGAAAGGUUCGCGUACAAAAAUUAGUUCGGAUGCAUGCUGCGGAUAUGGAAGAAGUGGAAACCGCUUAUGCCGGAGACAUUUGCGCCACAUUUGGAUUAGAUUGUCAUUCCGGAGAAACGUUUACAAGCAUGCCAGAGAACCCGCCACAUUGUGAAUCUAUGCAUAUUCCGGAGCCAGUUAUUUCAAUGUCAAAAAACCAGGAAUAUAACGCAGAGGCAAAAGAAACCGUUGUGAGUGGAAUGGGUGAAUUGCACUUGGAAAUUUAUGCUCAACGAAUGAAAAGCGAGUUCAAUUGUCCGGUUGAAUUGGGCAAACCAACUGUGGCCUAUCGAGAAUCUAUUGCGGAUCCAUACAAGUUUCACUAUCGGCACAAAAAGCAAACUGGAGGACAGGGUCAAUUUGGACAAAUCGAAGGAGUUCUCGAUCCAUUACCCCCAGAUCAGAAUACCAUCGUUAAAUUUACCGACGAGUGUUUUGGAAACAGCAUCCCAAAAAAUUUGUUCCCAGCUUUGAAGAAAGGUCUUGAUAUGAUUACACAGGAAGGCCCGUUAAUCAAGCAAAAGAUUGCUGGUAUAAAUGUGCGGAUACAAGAUGGAGAGACACAUGCGGUCGAUUCUACGGAAAUCGCGAUGAUUAAUACUAUGGCAAAUAUGAUGCGUGAAGCUUACGAAAGAGCUAACUGGAUUUUGCUGGAACCAAUUAUGAAAGUCGAGGUUACGACGCCCAGUGAUUUUCAGGGUAGUGUUGUUGCAUCUCUCACCCAACGAAACGCUUUAAUUGUUUCAACGGACUCGCAUGAAGGAUACACUACGAUCGUUUGUGAAACGCCGCUUUCUGAUAUGUUUGGCUACACGUCUUUGCUACGUUCAGUAACCGAGGGAAAAGGCGAAUUUAGUAUGGAGUAUUGCCGCUAUACUCCGACAUCAGCAACGACACAAGAAAGUUUACGCUUGCGCGACCGGCGAGCAAUGAGUGGUGGAGUUUAUGGCGGAGAUGAGGUCAGUGGAAUCGUUUUUGAUGCUGGCUCUCAUUCAUUUCGUAUUGGCUUUGCUGGAGAAGAAUUGCCAAACUUCGAUAUACCAUCGGUGGCUGGAAUCCAUGAAUACGAAACUAACGACGAGAAUUCGAUCAUGCGAAGAGAGAAAAAGGUUCACAUAGGAACUACGAAAAUGACUGUCCCUCGGUCGAAUUGUGAAAUGAAGAAUUUUAUGCACGAUGGAAUGAUCGACGAUUGGGAUCUUUUUGAACAAAUGCUCGACUUUGCCUACAAAGAUUGUCUUCGAACUGAAAGCCAAUAUCAUCCUGUACUAUUCUCAGAAAGCGCCUGGAACGAGAAAGCAAAGCGGGAAAAACUUACCGAGUUGAUGUUUGAAAAGUACAAUGUUCCCGCAUUCUUUGUCGUGAAAAAUGCAGUUUUGACAGCAUUUUCAAAUGGGCGUACUGCAGGAUUGGUCGUGGAUAGUGGAGCAACUCAAACAUCAGCUGUACCAGUCUUUGAUGGAUAUUGUGUAACUCAUGCCGUUGUUCGUAGUCCGAUUGGUGGGGAUCUCAUUUGUGAGCAGAUCGAGAAAAUGCUGGCUGAACAAAAAAUUGAUCUUGUGCCAACAUACAAGAUAAAGUCGAAGGAGGAGGUUAAUGAAAAUGAACCACCACGCUGGACAGAAAAGAAUGGUCUUCCCGAAGUCACGGAGAGUUACGAUAAAUACAUGCGAAAACAGAUUGUCGAAGAUCUUGCUCAGUCGAUACUUCAACUUUGUGAUUCACCUAUUGAUGUUGAAUCGGCGGAAAAGCUUCCAUCUUCCCCAUAUGGUUUUCCGAAUGGCUUCCACAAAGAAUUUUUGGCCGAACGCAUCAAGGUACCUGAAGGCCUUUUUGAUCUGAAAUACCUUCGUGAUGUGGACAAUUCCACGUUGAUGAACGUGAGCCAAAUUGCUUCGACGGCCUGUGGGAUGUGUGAUAUUGACAUCAGACCGAAUCUUUAUUCCAAUCUGCUCGUCACUGGCGGGAAUUCACUUAUUCUUGGAUUCACCGAACGCUUAAACCACGAUUUGGCACACAAAUGCCCACCGACUGUGAGACUGCGUUUAAGCGCUCCACCACCAGCAGAACGCCGCUUUGGACCAUGGAUCGGAGGAUCAAUUCUUGCCAGCGUGGGAACUUUCCAACAAAUGUGGAUAAGCAAGACAGAAUACGAGGAUGGUGGACGAGGAAUUGUUGAGAAGAAAUGCCCA